GCAAUUCGUGCCGCUUCCGACCGCCCAGAUGAAGCGUUCGCUUGGGUACAGGCCGUGUAUGCUAAGGAUCAGUCUCUGGAAGGUUUGCGGGACCCAGGCAAAUUUCUUACGCUAGAUACGAAACUGUUGUCCGCAAUCUCCAAAGUUUUGAAAGGCGAGCUAGCACGCCAGAUAGUUAACUACAAAGAAUCUGAAGCUGCUCACGCAAGGGCUGUACGGGGCCGUCAGGUGCUUUACAUGUUUGAGCAGUACUUUAAGACUAACGAUGAGGUUGGGGCCCUCUACUCAGUUGAAGACCUUCUCAAGGUCAGCUUGAUCAAUGACGAUUUGAGCUCCUUUACUCGCAAUUGGGAGUCGGUCAUUGCAGGGAUUUCUCAUGUUCCAGAAGAACUUACCCUUAUAGACAUUUUGCUCAGGCAAAUCAGGGGCUCUCACAGACUCAAGUACGACCUGGAAACAUAUGAUCGUGCUAAAGAAGGUACCGAGACGCACAGCUACCAGUUCCUCCUCAGUUCAAUCAAGAAUCUUCUCACCCGUGAGCGUGUUAGGAAGAACAGGGACAAGAUAGCUAAGGCGCAUGGUGCUAAGUACGGUGCCCCAGCUCAGGAAGAAGGCAAGGGCAAAGGCAAAGGUGGUAGGUUAGAAGCCACCCGCGAGGGUGAGCCUACCUACGCUGCUAUGCCCAGCUAUGCUGCAGCCGCCCGCAAGGGCGAGCCCACUUCUUCCGAUCGCUGGAAACAGAAAGCCAAGGAUUCGCCAGUGCCUGUCUCUCGGCUUAAUGCCAAGGCUGUGGUCGUCAUGAAUCUUGACUCCGAGGGACUGCUCGCUUGUGCCGCAACCAGUGACUCCGCCGUCCAUGCACAUGCGGAGUGCUUUGUUGGGCAGCAUCACUGCCUACACUGCCGUCAUCGACUCUCUGAGGCACGUGGCGAGGACCGUCGGUUCAUUCAGGCUGCUCAGCGCCGAAACAGAAUCCUGGAUCGCCUCGCAACGGUUGGAGUGACUGUGCGCAAUAUUAGCCCAUAUGAGCUCCAGAAGUUGGCCAAGCACAGCAAGGACGAAGAGCGCGGGCAAAUGAGCUACGAAGCUCACACCAUCCGGAAUGCGAAGGACAAGGUGCAGCGAGCUCUCAAAAUCAGAGGCACCAACUACAGGGACCUUGCUGACCGCUUUGACACGGAUCCCACCUUCGCAGCCCGCCAAGCAGAGCAUGGUCUGACACGCACGGACAUGCGUCGCCUCCAGGUCUACUCCACAGGCUUCUUGCCGGCGCCUGGACGCACCCGCCAGCAAGUCAUCCUCGGGGCCGGGAGCCAGGCAGACUUCCGUGCCUCAAAGUCCGAGGUCAAUGCCAAGUUGGUCAUCUAUGAUGGUGUUGGCGUCGAAGAGCUGCAGGCGCUGGGAUUGGCAGAUCAGCAGAUGCGCGUGAACAUGGGCGUUGGCUGGCAUGGCACCUUCAUGGACGUCUCCACCUUCGCGGGGUUGGCCCUCGGCAACGAGGAUGCCCGCAAGGUUCUCACCUUCCAAGGGACAGUGAACCUCCAGGCCACAACCUUCGACUUGCUCAAGGAGGAGAUCAAUGCGCUGAUUGUGAGUGACCAUGAGGCGGCCAAGGCUAAGGUCAGGUCCGACCAGCCGGCCCGUGCCAAGCAGUCUGCUAUUUCCAAGGCCAAGUCAAAGGCCAGUCCCGCCACUGUUCGCACCCAAUGGUCCGAAGAGGACUGGAACAAGUGGCAUUACGGAGGCUAUCAAGGCCGCACCUGGUACUCGGCCGCCGAAUGGCGCCGUUACUGGGGCCAGUAA